GGCCCAUUCUAUCUUUUUGGGCCCUUCUUACAUAAGACCAGCUAUUGCUUCCGCCAGGGUUCUGCUUCCGCUGCCACCACCGUCCGCCGUCGCCGUCCGCCUUACUCGCACAACCAGAAAAGUUUAUCAUUUUAGAAGUCGGAUCAAUAUGCAAAGUUUAAGAGAUUCCGUGUUGACGCGUUUGAGGGUUACGGUUUGUAGAAGACAAUUUGCGUUGAUGCAAGAUGUGUAUGCGACUAGCAGCGUUCAGCGGCUCCUUUGCACGUUAGCCGGGUCGAAUCAUGAUCAGGUAAUGGCUCGUGUGAUCGGGCUGGUGAAGAAGUUUGACAAGAUUGAUGCUGCUAAGGUUACUGAAUCAGCCGAUUUUUCAAAAGAUUUGAGCCUUGACAGCCUGGACAGGGUGGAGCUCGUGAUGGCGUUUGAGCAAGAAUUCUCCAUUGAAAUCCCAGAUGAGGAAGCAGAUAAACUGAAAUGCUGUGCUGAUGUGGCAAACUACAUCCAGUCAGCCCCAAAAUCUGAGGAUUCCUGAUGAAUUUAAGUUUUCCACCUGAAAUCACAUUUCAGUUCAAUCUUCUUUCCGGUUAUACGGUCUACAGUCUUGUUAGAUGUUGUUUCUAUGUACAAAGAUUGUUUUUUCGUAUCAAAUACAUAUAAAUCGUUUCAUUAUGUUCAAUUUAAUAUAAUAUGUACACCCUC